UUCGCCCAUUGGUCUGAGGCUGCUGUUGUAAGAUGGCGCCCAGCGAAAUAUGAGUGCUGCAGAGAAAGAAAAGCUACAGCCGACCAUCUAACGAAAACCAACGAAAACAAAGAUUAAAAGCAGCCGCAGGGAACCCCAGUAGCGCUCCGCGUCGCUGCUCGUUGGAAGAGGAGAGUGGUUUGGAGGGCAGAGAAGCGCUGGUGUGCGGCUCAAACCUCGGCCCGGUUGAGAAAGAGAGGUUCACCCCUUUUUACGAGGGCACUGUCCGCAAUGAAUAACUCCCUGGAUGGCACAGGCUCCUAUGAGGAGCUGGUGAGGCAGAAAGCCAGGAGCAUCCCUCAGCAUCGCAUGAAGGAGUUCCUGGAGUCCUUGGCAAACAAAGGUCCAGAUGCCCUGCAGGAGUUCAGCCAGCAAAGUGGAGAUGCCACUACCACUACCACCACUAUGGUUUACCAACAAGAGGCUAACUGCAUCUAUACAGACAGCACCGAGGUGGCGGGGUCACUGUUGGAACUGGCGUGUCCGGUGCAGGUGCAGGUUCAGCCACAGCAGCAGCAGAUACAGGAGUCCACAUCGCAGCAGCAGCAGUCUGUACAGAACACGGAGCAGCAGAUAGUACAGGUGCAGAUCCAGGGCCAGCAGCAGGGUCAGAUGCUGGGCCAGGUUCUCCAAGUGCCCUCUGGCUCCCACCAGCAGCUACAAGGUGUGACCACUGCACAGCUGAUUCAAUCUGGGGAAUUGACAGAGGAGCAGCACCAACAGCUGCAAGCCCAGUUGGUAGCAGCUGUUGCAGGAGGACAGCAGAUCCAAAUCCAGACGGUGGGAGCCCUCUCACCCACCCAGCAGGACGGUUCAGAGAGGAGAGUCAUGGGAACCACAGUUGCCACGUCCCAGGGAGCAGGUGUCCUCCAGCCGGCCAAAAAGCGUAAGGUGGACAUGCCCAUCACAGUGUCCUAUGCCCUGCCUGGACAGCAGGUAGCCACGGUCCUGGCAAUCCCCCAGGGACAGGGCCAGCAGCAAAGUUACGUGUCCCUGCGGCCAGACCUCCUGACUGUGGACAGUUCCCACCUUUACAGUGCUACAGGCACCAUCACGAGUCCCACCGGGGAGACCUGGACCAUCCCAGUGUAUUCUGCGCCGGCUGGAUCUGGAGGCCGUGAGCAGGUCACACAUAUUGCCAUCCCCCAGGAGGCUUACGGGACAGUGCAGGUUGCGGGGACAAACACUACAACCAUGACCACGAUGCCAACACAAGUUACUGUUGAAAAUGACAAGCUGAAAAUCCCCGCCAGUCAAAGUCAGACAGCACAGGCCGUUUCCAGCAUCACCAGCUCUGGAGUUAUGGGGGGCCAGGAAGAAGUGGUGCACACACUUGCUGCAAACACACUGUUCCCUGCCCAGCUCAUGAACGGAAACAUCCACAUCCCAGUUGCUGUACAAGGCUACUCUAAUGCUACACAAUCCCUUAUCUGGGAUCCGCAGCAGCAGGUGCUGCACACACAGGGGCUGUCAGGGCAGGAGGUACAGCAGCUACAGAGUCAAGCGGUGGUAACUGAAGUAGAUGGUCAAGGCCAGCAGCAAGUGCAGGUGCAGGAAUUACUGCUGCCUGCCACUCUGAAGCCAGAGGAGGGGUUUGAUGUCUGGCGGCUUUGGGCCCAGCGGAAAAAUGCAGAGUUGGAUAAGUCGGACAGAAAUAAACUGGCUCCAAUUGGCCGACGCCAGGUACUGCGUUUCCAGGAAGAUUUGGUGUCCUGUGCAGUUGCUGAGCUGUGCAUGGGCCUUUCCUUAAUGACAACAGAGGCCCGGGGUCUGGAAGGAGAGUCUUAUGAGGCCGACGUUCUUUACUAUGUGUUUCUGUGCAUUCAAAAAUAUCUGUUUGAUAAUGGUCGAGUGGACGAUGUUUUCUCAGAUCAGUACUACACUCGCUUCGCUCAGAGUCUGCACCAGAUCCUGGAGCCUUGGAGACCAUCUGUUCAUCCGCUAGGUUAUAUCAUCCCAAGUCAUGUAACGGAGGAGAUGCUGUGGGAAUGUAAACAGCUGGGAGCUCAUUCUCCAUCAACACUGCUCACAACCCUCAUGUUCUUCAACACCAAGUAUUUCCACCUGAAAACAGUGGAUCAGCAUCUAAAAGUGGCCUUUUCCAAGGUGCUGAGACACACCAGGAAGAGUCCCAACAACCCCAAAGACAAGAGCACCAGCAUCCGAUACCUAAAGUCGACGGAGAGGUUCAUUGGGCAGAAAGUGACAGAUGACAUGUACUCAGAACAGCUGGAAGACCCAGAGAACCCGCUGCGAUGCCCCAUCAAACUCUAUGAUUUCUACCUCUUUAAAUGUCCGCAGAGUGCUAAAGGUCGCAAUGACACCUUCUACCUGACCCCUGAGCCGGUGGUGGCUCCAAACAGCCCCAUCUGGUACUCGACUCAGCCAAUCCCAAAAGAACAGCUGGAGCAGAUGCUCGCCCGCAUCCUUGCCGUUCGCGAAAUCCAGGAAGCCAUUCACAUGUCGGAGAGCGCGCGCUAGUUGGACUGGAGGAGGAGAAAGAAAAACGGACUAGACUCUUUGUCUUUUUCUUCACCCAGCCUUUGAUUGCUCAUUGCGAGUAGUUUUUCUAUUCUCUCACACCCUCUUGUGGUCUUUAUGGGUGGCAUGUAUGUGUUUAUAUUCAUUAUGUGUCUGCAUCUCUCUCACACACACACACGGACUGUACAUACACAUAAAACCAAUACAGAUGAUUUGUCUCACCGAGGCAAUCGGAUUUUAUGUUUGUUUUGGCCAAAGGAUGUAGUGUCUAAUCUUUUUAUCGGACCUGAACUCUAAUUUAAUUGUUAUUUUACUGUUGGUUUAACUGUUGGCUCUCUUCACCAAUGGUCUGGAAUAAUUGUUAAUUUUCUUUCCUGUUUUAAUCUGUAAUAUAUUUCAGAUAUAUUUUCACUAGGGUUGGCCUGCGCUAUGCUGCUUUUGUUAGACAUCCCUCUUUGUUGCUCCGUUUUUUUCCUUUUUCUGCCUUGGUCCCAGUGAAUACCUCCUCGGUAUUAAAACUGUAUUGAGCAGCCAAACGUAGGGUAAAAGCUGAUUUUCAUGUCGUUUAGGUUCCCCUUUCUUUGUCUUUCACUUUCGUCUGUCUGGAGCUCAGACCUCAUGCGGACACGCUGGACUCUGAAGUGACUUGGCUCGAUAGCAGAAGCUACUGGGACUAUCUCAGCCGCAUCGAAUCACGUCUGGACUCGGCUGCAACGCGCCAUCGCCACUGGACCUGCAGCUACUUAGCACUUGCCACACUUUAGAGACGUGGCAGAGGGAGGAUGACGACCGCUGCUGGAUCCUAAGUACAUCAUCAACCCCAAAAACUCACCUGACGGGGAUCUAUUGUAUCAUACAGGUCUUAUUACACGACAGACAAGAGACUCUUUGAAAUGUGGGGGUAGCCCUUAAUGUUCUAUAAUGUAUAGUACUCAUAGCUCCUUCAUGUACUGUAAUGAGUUUCAGUCAUCUAAGGAGAAUGGCAGUGCCUGUGUGUUUUUGAAACAUGACCUUUUUUGUACAGUCA